CAGCUUCCUCUGUUCUUUUUCCUUUUCUUUCAUGCUUGUUGGCUGCCAUCAUCCAUCACUCCCGUGCUCCGGCAAUUGGGCCUUCCCCUUGCCCUCUAUUCGUAUUUCUACCUUUUCUCUUGCCCGCCCAAGUCCCGCAGUGGCCAGUUUUUAACGUUUCUGCCAGCUUGCGAAUCGCGCUGGUUUGCCGCUGCAGACAGCCUCGCUGCAUCGCCCGUGGGUGCAAUCGUUGCAGCAUCCAGCCAACGGCGGCAAUCUCUGCAGCUAUCCGACAAUCGAUCGAGCGCCUGAUCAUUGCGUUGCCUUGGUCUCUCUUUGAGAAUCGAAAUACGUUGCCUCAAGACAAAGAGAGCAGCAGUUCUCUCCACUCGUCUUCAUCUCCCUCUCCAGCUCGGGAGUCCAUCUCGUCCGAUCCAUUGACAGCUAUUCACGACACCAACAGUGGCCCCAAGUCAUCAUGGCUGAUACGAAUAUGCUCUACACAGUCGGCGCUUAUGCUGCCUUGAUUGGUGUUGGCUAUGCCUUCUACGUCGUCUCAACGCAAAAGGACAAGAAGAAGGGCGGCGUCACCAUCACCAAGCCCGUUAAGGACUCACAACCAGUGACUCGAAAAGAGGACCGGAAAAAGAAGCAGCGCAUGGAAAGCUAUGUGACAGACCAGGACACCAACAAGGCAUCCAAGGCCGAUACCCAAAAGGCAAAGGCCGCCGAGACUCCUCAGUGGUCGAGCAACCAAAAGGAUGCCGAAAACCAAGAAAAGAUUGACAACCGGGAAUUUGCCAAGCAACUUGCCAAAGCCAAGGAGGGCGCCAAGUUCAACACAAAGAACGAUGGCCCCAAGCAGCGAGAGAAGACCGUCAAGCAGUCCAAGGCUAACAAGCCCAAGGCUGCUCCUGCUCCUGCCGCCCCCGAGGCCGUCCCAUCUGCCCCUUCGUCCAACGGCGCUGAUGCCGAUGACGACGAGUCCCCUGUUGUCCUCUCUCCCGCGACAAAGCCAGCGGACGUCAGCGGUGUCAGCGACAUGCUCGAGCCCGCCCCCGCCGGUCCUUCCGUUCUGCGUCUGACUGAUACUGAGUCCAAGAAGGACAAGAAGCAAAAGGCUCCUAAGAACCCCGAGCCAGCUGAGACCAAGAAGCAGAGACAGAACAGGAAGAAGGCCGAGGCUGCCAAGGCUGCCCGCGAGGAGACCGAGAAGGAACGCAAGGUCCUUGAGGAGAAGCAGCGACGAACUGCUCGCAUUGCGGAAGGCCGCACCGCCAAGGAUGGCUCCGAGUUCAUGGCUGCCGUCAACGGAAACAAGAAUGCCUGGGAUGGAACCAACGGAACCAACGGUGCCGCUGAGAAGAAGGAAGACGCUUCCCUCUAUGCGCCUCUCGACACCUUUGAGAAGCCUGCCCAGAAGAAGAAGGCUGCCGAAAAGGCCACUCCUGCCCCUGCUCCCAAGAAGGAGGCUGUCCAGAACCUAGAGAGCUCCUGGAUCUCUGCUCUCCCAUCCGAGGAGGAGCAGAUGGAGAUGCUCAAGGAGGAGUCCGAUGAGUGGAACACCGUUAAGAGCAAGUCUUCCAAGAAGGGCAAGAAGGCACCUUCGGCUGAGUCUGGAGAGGAGACUCCCGCGGCUCGCCCCGCCCCUCAGCCCAAGCAACUCUCCGAAACCAACGCCAACAAGUCGACCAAGCCUGUGGCUGCUAAGAGCUUUGGAGGCUCAUUCUCUGCGUUGACCGUUAAGGGCGACGAUGUGGAGGACGACGCCGAAGAGGAGUGGGAUGUCUAAACACACAAAGAAGCACGACGACGAGAACCACCGUGCAUGUGUUGCGUGCAUUGCACAGUCGCCGGGAGCAGCUUGAGAGCUGCUUGCCCGCCUCUGUAUACUAUUACCUGCUGACAAACCAUAACUGUCGGUAUUUCCUCUUUGCUAGUUUCUAUGACUGUCAUUUCUAUGUUGGAUCUGGAGGCAUUCUCCAAAGAAUCUACCGCGGGAGGUAGGAGGGAAAAAAGGGGAUAAGACCUGUUGAUGUACACUUGAUCACUUGGCCAGCGGCUCAGGGGCUUGCAGAUUUAGCCAGCCCAGCAUAGCGUACAAGUGCCGCAUGGUCGACCAAAGUUUUUUUUU